UCAUGGCAGCGGCAGCGCUGCAGAGAGACAGCUCUGCCCAGGAGCAGCUCCUCUGCACACGCAGCAGGGAUGAGGGCUCUGCCUGCAGCACCGAGGGGAGAGGAGCCAGAGACAGAGAGGGGAAAGGCAACGUGGGGUGGGAGGAUGCUGAGAACUCACUGGAAAUGAAAUCUUCACAGGUAUUAAUUCUGUGGCUGGAAGGCAUUUCAUCUGCAAAUCAUGGUAGGAUCUCCUAAAGCUGGCAGAUUGCAGAGCCUACAAGAGACUGCCCCAUGCUCAAAUGUGGAAAAUGUCCAACAGCAGCUCCUUGACAGAGUUCCUCCUCCUGGCAUUCACAGACACACGGGAGCUGCAGCUCUUGCACUUCUGGCUCUUCCUGGGCAUCUACCUGGCUGCCCUCCUGAGCAACGGCCUCAUCAUCACCACCAUAGCCUGUGACCAGCACCUCCACACCCCCAUGUACUUCUUCCUGCUCAACCUCUCCAUGCUCGACCUGGGCUCCAUCUCUACCACUGUCCCCAAGUCCAUGGCCAAUUCCCUCUGGGACACCUGGGCUAUCUCCUAUGCAGGAUGUGCUGCACAGGUCUUUUUUUAUUUUUUCUCUGCUACAGCAGAAUUUUCUCUUCUCACCAUCAUGGCCUAUGACCGCUACAUUGCCAUCUGCAAACCCCUGCACUACGGGACCCUCCUGGGCAGCAGAGCUUGUGUGCACAUGGCAGCAGCUGCCUGGGCCACUGGGUUUCUCAAUGCUCUGCUGCACACGGCCAAUACGUUUUCACUGCCACUGUGCACGAGCAAUGCUGUGGACCAGUUCUUCUGUGAAGUCCCCCAGAUCCUCAAGCUCUCCUGCUCAGACUCCUACCUCAGGGAGUUUGGGCUUCUUCUGGUUAGUAUCUCAGUAAUAUUAAUCUCUUUUGUUUUCAUAGUGGUGUCCUAUGUGCAGAUCUUCAGGGCCGUGCUGAGGAUCCCCUCUGAGCAGGGACGGCACAAAGCCUUUUCCACGUGCCUCCCUCACCUGGCUGUGAUCUCCCUAGAUAUCAUCACUGGCACGUUUACCUACCUGAAGCCCCCCUCCGUCUCUUCCCCAUCCCUGAACCUGGUGGUUUCUGUUCUGUACUCAGUGGUGCCUCCAGCAGUGAACCCCCUCAUCUACAGCAUGAGGAACCAGGAGCUCAAGGAUGCCCUGAGGAAACUAAUAGCUGGAUGCUUUUCAAAAGCAAUAAACUGCCCAUCUUCUGCACAUCACUGAUGGUAUAACUCAUGACAGUCUCUCUUUUGUAUAUCUUGUAGUUGUAGAUUACUGUUUGUAGCUGGGGAGAGGGUUGUUUGGUUUUGCUUUUUUUUUUUAAAUGUGAUGAUAUUGUCCACGAAAAAAAGUCAUUAUCCAUCUGACUUUUAAUUCAACAUCUACAUUUAUAGUUUGAGUCACAGACUGUGUAAAUGAGAAGUCGUGCUCUCUGUGCAUAUAAACAAAAUAAAGGACCCUGCAGUGAAUUGUUUGUCUGAGAUCCUUCCUCUGAGACCUUUGUGAAACUGAAUACAAAGAUCCCAGCACAGAAGCUCUGCCAGGGAGCACCAGCCUUGUUCUCUCUUGGUUUGUUCUCUUUCCCCUUCCCCACUCUCCUU